UCAUGGGACGGGAUCCUGGGGAGAGUAAACUUUCCAAGGAGAACCAAGUCUGUUAUGGGUAGACAAAUAUCGGCCUCGUGCAGUGAAGCAGAUUAUUGGUCAGCAGGGUGAUAAGAGCAACAUGAGAAAGCUGAUGAACUGGCUGAGAGACUGGGAAAAGAACAGAAAGAAACCAGCCUCUAAAUCUUCCUUUUUCAACAAAGAUCAAGAUGGGUCUUCCUGUAAGGCAGCUCUUCUGUCCGGUUCCCCAGGAGUUGGAAAAACAACAACAGCUACACUGGUUUGUGAAGAGCUUGGUUUUACGUACAUUGAAAUGAAUGCCAGUGACACACGGAGCAAAAAGACCUUGGAAGAACACAUUUCUCAUUCACUGAGCAAUAAAACCAUGGAUGGCUUUCUUACAGGUCAAAAAGCAGACCCCAGUAAACAUGUUCUCUUAAUGGAUGAAGUUGAUGGAAUGGCAGGAAACGAGGACAGAGGAGGAAUGCAGGAACUCAUAUCACUGAUAAAGAGUUCAAAGAUACCCGUCAUCUGCAUGUGUAAUGACAGGAACAGUCCCAAAAUGCGCAGCUUGGCAAAUUACUGUUUUGAUUUGAGAUUUCAGAGACCUCGAGUUGAACAGAUCAAGGGAGCCAUGAUGAGCAUAGCAUUUAAAGAAGGACUCAAGAUACCACCCCAGGCCAUGGAGCAGAUUAUUUUAGGGGCAAACCAGGAUGUCCGACAGGUUCUUCACAACUUGUCGAUGUGGACAGCUAAGGAGAAGUCGCUUAAUUACGACCAGGCAAAGGAAGAGGCAGCCAAGGCACAAAAAGACAUCAAAAUGGGCGCUUUUGAUGCUGUGAGGAGACUUCUCUCUGGAGCUGAGAGUUCGAAGAUGAAUUUGAUUGAAAAAUCCGACAUGUUCUUUUGUGAUUACUCCAUGAUGCCUCUUUUUAUGCAAGAAAAUUACCUCAUGGUUGACCCAAGUCAGAGCCGUGGUGAUAUCAAGAAGACACUGUCACUCGUUAGUCAGACCGCCGACUCCAUUUGUGACGGAGAUCUGGUGGAAAAACUUAUCAGGCAAGGAGGCAACUGGUCCAUGUUACCCAUGCAGGCCAUGUUUUCGUGUGUGAUCCCAUCGACCUUGAUAAGCGGGGGAAUGGGUCAGAGGAUUGAGUUUCCUCAGUGGUUGGGUAAAAAUUCCAAAUAUGGCAGGAUGGACCGCAUGCUACAAGAACUGAAGGGUCACAUGAGAUUAAGCACAUCUGGGAGCAAGUUGUCUAUGAACAUGGAUUACAUUCCUCAUCUCAGAAAAGUCCUUACCAGGCCCCUUAUGACUCAGGAAUCAGACCAGAUUAACCCUGGCGUGUCCAGGGUCAUGCAAGUAAUGGAGAACUAUGACUUAACCAAAGAAGAUUGGGAUUCUAUCAUUGAAGUUGGUCAAUUUGAAGGACAAAGGGAUCCAGUUGCGUCAAUUCCAUCAAAGGUGAAAGCUGCAUUCACGCGCACCUACAAUAAAGAAAGUUUCAAGACACCUUACGCCAUCCGCGCAGCGCCAAAGAAGGGACGGAGAGGCGGCGCAGAGGACGAACAAAUGAUGGAGGAGGCGGGCGAGGGAGAUGCGUCAGCGGUAGAACCACAAAAUGACGACAAUGAUGACCUGGAGAAUAACCCCAUGAUAAAGGCGUCAAAGAAACCAGCCAAAGCAGCAGCAAGCGGUAGGAGUAAAGGCAGAAAAUCAAAGGAGUCUGUUAAGAAAGAAGCGCCAACAUCCAAGGGAAAAGGACGAGGGAAGAAUAGGAAAUGAUCAGUUUGUGCAGGGAAGCGCACCUUCAUCGGGGAAAUAAUCGUGGGACUAGUAUAUCAUAGAAAUAUAAUAACAUCUAUGAGUGGAUGAAAAAUAUGGAAAAGUUGAAAGAAAACAUGACAAAGCCAUGAGAUAUCCAAUACGUUGUUGUACUCAUACAAAAAUAACAUGGCUGAAUUUUAUAAUCGUGUAAGAAACUUUCACUUGUGAAGGUGUUGUGACAUAUACUAUCGCCAAUCGUAUAAUUUGUUUUAAUAAAAUUGUGACUCGUA